CAAAAAUGUCAAUCCUUUUGUUUUUUCACAUAGUUCCCCACAUAUAAAUGUGUGUUGCGUUGACCAUCCAUGAAUCAGACGCAAAACAUUGCUCACUACAAUCGGUUCACACUAGUUUGCUAGCAAAGUGCACAACACAAUUUGUUGUUUAUUAUUCAAAGCCAUAAAUUAUCAAUAAAACGGUGAAUUAGGCGAACAAUCGCACAUUUCAGCAAAAUGGAAGCAAGAUCAGCAACAGCUUUAUCGGAUGUAACACCGACUGGAUCACAGACACAAAUUCUCACACCAGAUGAAAUACCCGAUCAGGAUGCUCCAGUGCUACGUCUAAAUCUACGUCGAACAUCGGCCGAGAAAAAAGUGUCAUGGAAUUCAGAUACGGUGGACAAUGAAAAUAUGGGCAAAAAGAAGUCCAAAUGUUGUUGCAUCUACCAGAAACCGUUGGCAUUCGGCGAGAGUUCAUCGGAGGAGGACGAUGACGAGUGUGAGCAUUGUUUCGGCCACGUUGAGAAAAAGAAGAAGAAUCAAAAGAAGAACCCCGACGAUGGCAAUCCGCCCGACUCCAAUGGACACGGCUCUCACGACCACUCAGGCCCGGAAAACAUCAGUUGAUUCAUUUAAUUCACAAAGUUCCUUCAUUCGAAAAUCCGUUUGAAUCGCUUUUUAAUUUAUGUAUAAAUGUAACCUUUUUUAGCAUUUAAGACAAAAAUAAAACACAAAUUGGUGAAGAAAGUGGAUUUUCCCAGUAGUA